AUGUGUCAGAGGCUGAACACUGGCGAGAGGGAGGGGCCUGUCAACCUGCAGGAGAGGCCGGUUAGCGGGACCAUCGACUGCACUAUGGAUCCGAGAGACACGCAAGGAGUUGCCGUGGUGAUCUGUGCUUGGGAUGGCGGGGGGUGGAAGCCAACUCGUAAUGACUUUUCCCAGAGUCUGCGAACGCCCCGCGACUUUACCACAAAAGCUUCCACAGCCGCGGCGUCGAAGAGAGGGGUAGGCCACAGCAGGUACCGGCAGCAACAAAAGCCGUAA